ACCCUAGCGCCUAGCGAUGGUGCUGUCUAUGGUGGGAUUGGGCCUGGGCGACGAGCGCGACAUCACGAUCCGGGGGAUGGACGCCGUGCGUGGCGCCGAUCGCGUCUACUUGGAGGCGUACACAUCCUUGCUCGAUCUAGGCCCUGUGGAGUCCGCGAUUUCUAGACUGGAAGAUUUCUAUGGACGAGAGAUCAUACUCGCCGAUAGGGAGAUGGUAGAACAGGCUGCCGAGGAGAUUGUCGAGGCUGCGCGAUCCGAGAAAGUGGCUUUCCUUGUGGUUGGAGAUCCAUUCGGUGCCACCACUCACUCCGACCUGGUGGUCCGUGCAAGGAGAUCCGGCGUCGAAGUGGAAGUCAUCCACAACGCAUCGGUCAUGAACGCGAUCGGUGUGUGUGGCUUGCAGCUCUAUCGAUUCGGGGAGACCAUUUCCAUUCCAUUCUUCACGGAGACUUGGAAACCGGAUAGUUUCUACGACAAGAUCAAAGCAAACCGGACGCUUGGUUUGCACACUUUGUGCCUCCUCGAUAUUCGUGUCAAGGAGCCUUCCGUGGAGGCCUUGUGCAGAGGCUUGAAGAACACGUACGAGCCGCCGAGAUACAUGAGCAUCAACACAGCAGUGGAGCAAUUGCUGGAAGUGGAGGAGCAACGCAAAGAGAAAGCUUACAGUGACGAGACUCUGGCAGUAGGAUUGGCACGCCUAGGAACAAAGUCACAGAAGAUAGUGGCUGGAACGCUCAAACAAUUGGAAGCAACGGAGUUUGGCGCGCCUUUGCAUUGUCUCGUCAUCACCGGCAACGUUCACGUCAUGGAGAACGAAAUGCUUAGCUUUUUCGCGACUUGAGCUCGUUUCUUCCCCAUUUCUUGGGCUUGCUCGCGCCGGUGGUUCUCACGAUCGUGUAGCCGGCGGCACCGAGAAGACAACCAAGCGUCGGUGCGACUAUGUAGACCCAGAGGCUCUUGUAGCAAUUGGCGGCGAUGGCAGGGCCGAUAGUUCUGGCUGGAUUCAUCGAUGCUCCAGUUGCUUGGCUGAGUGAAACAAAGAAAAGAUCAAAGGUUUAGAAGGCACA